UUUAACAUUUUUAACUCAACUCAGUGACCUUUGUAUUUCUUCUUUACAGAUUACAUUACCAUCAGAUGCUUUUUCCCUGAGAGAUAAAACUCCCAUACCAAUGUUGGAGGGAUAAAUCAGGUGAAGUAGGUGAGUUCCCUGACUCUCUAUAGUUUCUUCACUCGUUGGAGUUCAUUUAGCUUCAUUUUUUUCUUUUCAUCAGAUAUGUUCAAGAACCAACUGCAGGAACUUGCACAAAGAAGCUGUUUUAACCUCCCUUCCUAUGCCUGCAUCAGAGAAGGACCCGAUCAUGCACCAAGAUUCAAAGCGUCUGUGAAUUUCAAUGGUGAGAUCUUUGAAAGCCCAAGCUACUGCCCUACAUUGAGACAGGCUGAGCAUGCUGCUGCAGAGGUAGCUCUCAACAUACUGUCUGCAAGGGGUCCUUCAAGGUCUCUCACUGCAAGAGUUCUUGAUGAGACUGGUAUUUACAAGAACCUCCUUCAGGAAACUGCUCAUAGAGCUGGGCUUAACCUCCCUGUAUACACCACGGUAAGAUCAGGUCCUGGUCAUGUCCCAAUCUUCACUUGCACAGUGGAGCUCGCCGGUAUGAAUUUCACGGGUGAGCCAGCCAAAACAAAAAAGCAAGCCGAGAAGAAUGCUGCAAUUGCAGCCUGGUCUGCCUUGAAAAGAAUGCCAAGCUUAGAUUCGUUGACAAAUAAAGAAGCGGACAAUCGUGAGGAUCAGGAUCAGGCAGUUGUGUCAAGAGUCCUCUCAAGCUUCAAGCCAAAAGAUGAAAGCAAACAAUUUAGGAGGAGGGAUUAUAACCAAGCAAAAAGAAGAAUGGUCAGGGGUAACAGGGACAUUGGCUCUCCAUCUUCUUCCAGGUCGGUUAACUCUCAACUUCAUCAACAGUGGAGGCUUAUGGACCUCUUGAUGGAUUCUGCCUUGGAUGGUUCAACACAGAAACAAAACAGCUUUGUAUCUCUCCUUCCUCCACCCCCACCUAGAACAGCUUCAAAGAUCUUACCACCAACUUCAUCUAGAGACAGUCCAUCUAGCUAUUUCUCUAAUAGACCCAUUCCGAUACACAUUAGGGGUAAAUCAGAAAUGAAACUGCCUCCUCCGGUGCUGGAAGAACAUCUAAAGGAUGAGGAAGAAUGGCUUGGUAUCAAACAAGAUGUCAUCAACAAGUCCAUUGAGAAGGAAGGUUCAAGUUCUAGCAAUUUAGUUUCAAGUAGUAAUGUCUAUGGGGCAAGUAGGACUUCUUCUAUAUACAGGGCAAUUCCAUUAUCCAGUGAUGGGAAACUCAAUCCUUGCAUGCUUGACAGCGCAAUAGGAACUGAAGCAAGCCAGAUUAUCAGCAGGCUUUUUGGGACCCCAAAUCCAUCUCAAAUCGCACCAACUUCUGUCAUGGCACCUACAAUGGCCCAGAACAUGUACACUGGAGGGUUUAACCCACAUAGGAUUGCCCCUGCAGUUAAAAUCAGAUCAGUGAUCCCAGUUUGUGCAGCACCACCAGCACCAAGCAGACCCCAAGAAACAACCCCAUCACAACUGAAAGAACCCUCAUCAACCAGCCGAAAUGCUGCUGCUCCUCCUAGUUCAAUGUCCAUGCAAAUAGGAUCAGCUGAGGUCUCAUCAGCCAGCUCAGUACUGUUCAACAAGUCACAGCCAAACUCAGACCAACUCAGUUCUGAGUUGAUGAAUCUACAAUUAUGAAGUAAAAGCCUAAUGAGACUAUCUAAUACUAUCAAGUAAUUAACCCAUUAUUAGCAUUUCUCGCAUGUUUUUAUCUCUUGGGUUGGUCACUAAAUAUGCUUUUUGGCCUUCAUAAAACCAUGGGUUUUCUCUUGGAUUUGCCUCAA